AUGUCUAAGAAGUUAAAUUUUGGACCUAUGGAUGAGAAAUGCUUCAUUUCUCGCUCAGAACUCUUAUAAUGGAUAAAUAAUUUAUUGCAAGUACAAGUUACUAAGGUGGAGCAAUUAGGUAGUGGUAAUAUUUAUUGUUAGCUUUUCGAUGUAAUAUACCCUGGUAAGAUUCCUUUGAAUAAACUUAAGUGGAAAGCAAAGCACGAAUAUGAAUUCACGCAUAAUUUUAAGUUGUUAUAAAAGGGGUUUGACUCUGUCUAAGUAGCAAAAGCCAUACCCAUUGAGAAACUAGUAAAAGUUAAAUAUCAAGACAACUUAGAAUUUGCACAAUGGAUGAAAAGGUUUUUUGAACUUAACUGCAAAGAUAAAGGAAAAGGCUACGAAGCUAAAAAGAGAAGAGGAUUUUAAGAACCUGACUUGAGCUUUUGUGGAGGAGGAGUUCUACCCUAAUAUACUAUGAUUUAUGGUAAUUUUAAAGAUAUGGAGAGAGAAAUAGCAAAGCAAAAUGAAGAUGAAGAAAAUGAAGAAUAAUAGCAAUAAUAAAGUUCCUAACCAAAUGCUUUAGGAAAUUAGCAAAAUCAAACUCAUAAAUAAGAAAACAAAAAUUUAUAAAAUUUAGAUAAAGAAAAUAUUAAUAGCAUAAAUAUAAUUCCUAAAAAGUAGCUGCUAGAGCCUGCUUUGUAGAAGUUUUAAAAAAGUAAUAGUGACUUGAAACCUUUGUUAAGUUAACAAAAUUCAGCUAAAUAAGAAUAUAAUUUAAAUUAAUAAUAAGUCUCGCCAUUUAACCCAGUGGUAUCAUCAUUCUUGCUAAAUCAACCAAAGAAACUCAAUCAAGAGGAUUCUACAUAGCAAUCAUCAAAUAACAAUAGUAAUUUAGAGUGUCCUUUUUUCAUGAACAAUAAUCAAUUCAAUAAAUAUCCUACUUUGAAUUUCUAAACCAAUUAAAGUAAUAUUACCCUACUCAAAUAGCUUGAAUCUAAAGAUGAGUCUACCAAAAAUAAAACACCUACUAAUUCAGAUAAAAUUUUUAAAGAAAGCGACUCUGUUUUAAAUUCAUCUAGCUCUACUUCUUCUUUAACAGACUCUAAAAGUCACACUAGUAGUAGAUUGGCUAUGUUCUAAACUGAAUAAAAGCUAGAAUAAAUAAAAAAUAUUUUAAACAAAUAAAAAAUAGACUCUAAGUUAGAUAAAGAAGAAUUAAUGCAAAUCUUAAAUUCAAUUUAAACUAUCAUUUAUUGA